ACCGCGAGUUGGCAGGAACCCUCAGUUCUUAGGCAUUCUUCGGCGGUGCAACACGUGCGGAUAUUCGUUUAGCGAGAAAAGCCUCGAAGUACUGCUGACUGGAGCUGUAAGAUGGUCAGCAGGUUCUGGAUUGACAACGGAUAAACAGUUGGUGAAUUCAAGCGUGUUCUUAGGAUUACUGGCUGGAUCAUAAGGUGUUUUACAACGUUAAUACUGCAAUGCCGUACAAUAUGCGACGUCUAUCGAUGCCCAUUUGCUGUAUCGUCAUUCUCUUUAGCCUGUGCUAUAUACGCGUUGCCGAUGCUUCAAUGUCAUUCAAUUUCACCGAAGUACAGAAAUUUGGUAAAAGCUGUCCCCAGCUGGAUAGUUGUGCUGAGGAAUCAAGCAAAGGGUCUGCUCUCAAGGACAGGAACUGUGCCUGCGAUGAACUGUGCAUCGAAUUUGGGGAUUGCUGCAUCGAUGCUCCUGGGUUAAGCGCUUGGACUAGCUCUUCAGGACAUGGAUGCUUCGAAAUGUAUCAUCUCCUGGAGGAAGGAAUGGGGAUCUAUAUGAAGGAUUCUUGUCCACCUUCUUAUGAUGGCCCCGAAGAGAUCCGGAAUUUGUGUGAAAGCAAAACAACCCUAGAUAAUUCCCCCGAUCCUCUUGGAUCUUUACCGGCUACCAAUAAGGUGACCGGUAUGACUUUCAAGAAUUACUACUGUAGUAUAUGCAAUAAUCAGGUUGAAAACAUAACCCUCUGGUCUCCUAAGUUGGUAUGCCCUUCUAUAACCACUUAUAAUGAAAAUCAAAUAAAUAUCACCAAGGAUGUAGUCUACCAGACUCUGAAAUCUGACAACUCCAGUUGGGGUUUCUACCUUACCGGACCGAAUGGGUCGGUUCAUUAUCACAACUGUGUUCUUGACCCGAUCAUACCCAUAGAGCUCGAAAGCAAGAUUCGCUUGUGUAAAUCGGAUCUUAUAUCGGAUUGUCCUUUAGAUUGGGAAGAUGAAAACACCAGAAUAAUGUGCAAAUCGUACAUGGCAGCCAGGUUCAUCUACGACCAAGACAAAUUCAGAAACCCCCAUUGUGCUAUCUGCAAUGGACGAAAGGCAACUGACCUCUCCUGUCAGUUCAGAGAAAUGAAAGGAAUAGAUUUUCGUAAAAUCGAGCCACAAGCAUUCUCCUUGUUGCUGGAUGUCAACGAGGCAGGAGGUGAAAACGUUGGAAAGAAUCAAAAAUGUGAUCCCGGAGAUGUAUGGGAUAUGUUUUUCCAAAAAUGUCGAAGUCUUUUAUGCCUUCCAGGAUACAGGAGGUUCGGUGAUUCCUGUGUACUUCGAGAAGAACCUAUUAAUGAAGUUACAGUAUCCGGCAGUGGCGAUGUUCCACUUGUUAUACAGCCUGCAAUCGAAGAUAACGAAGUCAAAUAUGAACUUUCUGAGGAUGUUGACAACCCACUUCAGAAUGUGCGUGGUGAAACGUAUAAUGUUUCUAUUACAAAUGACAGUGAGUUAAAAGGUAAUCUCAGUCGCGAUUGUUUACUGAUAGCCUUGAAUGAUGAUGAAUUUAUAAAAUACCUAAAUGACAGCAUUUACGUUCCAAGAUAUGACAAAGUGUACGAGCCGACCAAUUAUCAUACCCGAGACGGCAAAACUUUAGUAUGUUCUCACUUUGGAUAUGCAUCGGACGAGAAUAAAUUUUUUGAGGUUAUGGGAUACGUAACAUUGAUUGGACUGGGUAUUUCUAUGUUGUCUCUCUUUUUGCAUUUCGUGAUGUUCUGGAUUGUGCCAGAUUUGCAGAACCUUUCAGGAAAAUGCCUGGUUUCUCUCUGCGUCGCCUUGUUCUUUGCCUAUGCAUCCUACAUCAUUGGUGCGUCUACCACCCUUAGUCAGUCUUCGUGCACUUUAGUUGCCUUUUUCAAAUACUACUUUUUCCAAAGUUCUUUCUUUUGGAUGGCCGUCAUAGCAUUCGACGUUUGGCGGACUCUAAAAAUGGCCACGACGGAACUGAGAGUGUCAUCUGGUAAACAAAUUAAACGGUUUAUUAUUUAUUCCUUCUUUUCUUGGGGUACACCCUUAUCUUUAACUGGCCUUUUGGCUGUGGCAGAAUUCACUGAUACUUUCCCAUUGAUCUAUAGACCUGGCUUCGCAAGUCCUCAGUGUUGGUUCUUGAAAAGACGAUCUCUCGCAACCUUCUUUUUUGGGCCUCUGGUUUUAAUCAUGCUGAUGAAUGUGGUCUUGUUCUUUACCAGUUCACGAAUGAUCCUCAUGACUACACAGUCUUCUGUUAAACAGCAGAGCCAAGCGCAAAGACGAAAUUUUAAACUCUACCUGAGGCUAGCCCUUCUCAUGGGCUUGACGUGGAUCGUCGGUGUCGUUGCCAGCUACGCAGACGUAGAAUCAUUGUGGUAUUUGUUCUGCGUUCUCAAUACUUUCCAAGGAGUCUUCAUUUGUGCUGCCUUCUCUUUCUCGAGCAAAGUAGUGAAAUAUUUAAAAGACAAGUGGCGCAAGAAAUCGAAACCUGCUGAAUUCAGGUCAACCACUAAUUCCGCUUCCACGGGAUCAGGAUGUCUGACGAAUAGCACGCGCCUGCAUUCAUCAAUGGCCAAAAAACUCUCCUCCAGGUUGUUGCUGAAACAGAAAGACUCGACUUCGACCAACUCGUCAAGCUCAAUCACUACCUCUUGCCAAACCAGGUCUUCAAUUUAACGUACUGGGUCAGCCGUUAUUCAAUUAAUGAUACUAAUCGAAUUUUUAUAAAAUGUCACUUUUAAAUUAUGACUUCGGCGGUAUUUUAUUACAGAGCAAGUGCUGUGACAUUAAACAAUGCGCACAGAAGUCCUUGUAAAUGAUUCAUUUGUAAUCAAAGUAAGACACUAGUGACACUUCGCCGUUUUGAAUUAGUCAGAUAUUAUGUGAUAUUGUGUGAAUUGAUAUAGAUCUGAUUUCAGUAACUUUUUUGUAUGUAAAUAUUUCCUCAUUAAUCAAGGACUUAAAAAAAUGACGCAUUCCUUUUUGUAAAGGUUUAGAGGUCUUUAAGUAAGCUUUUAUUCUUGUGGAGAUGAAUGAAUGAAUAUUUUUGUAUUUGCCAUUUAGUGCUUUCUUGAAAUGUAUUAAACAUCUGGAAGAAUAUGUAUAAAAUAUAGACAUUUUUGAAUUGUGUAAAUUUUACUUUUGUAUACUUUUUGUCAAAUUUUUGUAGUGCUCUAAACACUCAUUUGUUUCUUGUAGAUUGUACAUGCAUUUAAAUUAAGAUAAAAUUCACCAUUUUUUUUUUCAUAAUUUCGCACUUUUUAAAUCAAAAUUAUCAUUUUUUUAAUUACUGUAAUAAAAUCUCUGCUAUAAUAAUUUGCAUCUUUUUGUAGAGUAAAAUAACUUGAAUUUUUUAAGCUAUUUGGUUCGAAUAUAAAUAGAAAUUUUCAUGUUAAUCUUUCAUAAAAUUAUUCAAUAUAAAUUUAUUAAAAAUUAUCUAGUCGCACUUUUUUUAACCUGAAUGAUUUUUUCUGCUCACGGCAUUUUUACUAUAAAACUUUCAAAACUAGCAUAAUGUUUUUAGUGACAGAUUGAUACUGUAAGUUUUAUUUUUUUUCCUGGUGUUGUUUUAUGAUUAAAAUAAAUAUCAUUGAUUUGUAUAAACGUUUCCUUCAUCCACACGUCAA